AUGGAGUUGCAAGAUAUGCCCCAUUUCUUAAAAUUUAGCGCAGGGAAUGAACAAAUGAUGAAGCGCAUUUGGUGUUUAGUAAAACACAGGCAUCAAACCUUGAAGAUUGUUUUCAUACUAACGACUAUGAUGUUAACGACCUUUAGUCGCAUUCUGUUGUUUACUUUUGCAAUGAACUUCCAUAAACAAAACUCAUGUCUCUUUAUUAUAUCUGAUGCAGUCUUAAUGACGGUAGUGUGCUUUAUAUAUCUUUGCCUCCUUUCGCUAAUCAAUCGGACCUUCUUCAUUAAUUAUGAUAGCUUGGCGAAUCAAUCGGAUUUCAACUAG